GCAACAUGAUCUGUUUGCUCUGAGACUCAUUUCUCCGGAGAAACAAUUCAGAUAUGGGAGGAACACCAUCCAAACCUGAAGAAACUCCAUUUCUUGACAGACCAUGGAGGGAAAUAAAUUGGAGAGACAAAGCUGGUGUCCUGCAGUCUGUGAAGGACUACAGACCCAAUAAUGAAGGACAGAUCAUCAGGAUUCUUCUGUAUGGCCCGGCUGGAGCUGGAAAAACCAGUUUCAUCAACUCUGUCCAAAGUGUCUUACAUGGUCGAAUGUACGCACAGGCCAUGACAUCCCAUUCAAUUUCUGGAUGUUUCACCUCAAAGUACAAAACCUACAGGCUCCAAAAACAAGACGGCUCAUUUUACCCGUUUGUUCUCAAUGACACGAUGGGCCUGAGCUACAACGGUGGCAUCCUUGAGAAUGAUGUCAAACUGGCUUUGAAGGGACAUGUGAAGGAUGGUUACAGGUUCAAGCCUGAAACUGAAAUAGCAGCUGAUGAUCCAUUAUACAACCAAAAUCCAACUGACAACGACAAAGUGCACGUGCUGGUUUGUGUGUUUGAUCCUUUUGAUAUAUCUGUGAUGCCACGAGAUACUCUGCAGAUGAUCCAUAACAUCAGAGUAGCAGCGACUGAGCUGGAGAUUCCUCAAGUCGUCAUUCUAACCAAGAUUGAUGACGCCUGUCCUGAAAUCAAAAAAGAUUUGAAGUGUGUCUACAAAGACAAAGAACUGAGGAGGAAGAUGGAGAUGAUUAGUGCAGAAACAGGAAUUAAAAUGAACUGCAUCUUCCCCGUGAAGAACUACUCCGAAGAAAUCGACCUCAAUGAUGACGCUGACUCUCUCAUCCUGAGCGUGCUGGGAAAGUUGAUCAACUUUGGAGAAGACUGCAUCAACUGCAAAUCAGUCCAUCAGUGAUGACUGAUAUUAAUUAACAACAUUAAAAUACUUCAUGUUAUCAGAAAAAUAACUGUUAUGUGGAAAUAAAUGUAUUGGCACGAGAGGAAGAUUCAGAAACUUCACAGAGACAAGAAGACUGGGUUAUCUCAGAGUUUUACUUUGAAGCUUCGGUCAUUUGACAAAUGCACAGGCCAAAAGACAAUGAAUGCACACACUGACAGUUAUUUAUACACUUGACGCCCGAUCCAGGGAGUCACCCCAUGUGACCACUUCAGUUCAAUAAAAGUACAUUCUUUGACCACUAUUUCUGGUAGGGUGCCAACUAAGCCAAACAUAUCUUUGUUACAUCAUUCCAUUACAGAACACAAUAUUUUCUCACUAACAAUGUUUGAAAUUUGAAGAAAAAAGACGUAUUGGCAAUUAAACAAUUUAUUUUACUAUACAAACUCUCUGGCACCAACAACAUGCCUACGCUGAUCCCACAAGUGUUCAGUGGAGUUAAGGUCAGGCCAUUCCAUCAUCUCCACUCCCAAAUCCUGGAGUUAGUCUCUGAUAAACCCCACUCUGUGGGGGUGAGUGUUGUCAUCUUGGAGGAUAGAGUUCAGUCCCAGACUGUGGAUAUAUGUGAUUGCCUCUGGUUGUAGAAUCCCAUCUCCAUAUCUCUCUGCAUUGAGAUUUCCUCCAAUGAUCACAAGCCUCACACCAUCACACUGCCUCCACCAAAUAUGUAACUCUGUUGGUGCAGCAAUAAGCAUAGCAUUCUCUGUGUCUUCUCCAAACUUAAACCCUAUGAUCCAACUGCAGGUGACAAAAUCUGGAACCAUCAGUAAAUAUAACAUUCCUCCACAUGUUCAGGCUCCAGAACAUGUGUUACCAACACCAGCGCAAAUGGGCCUGACGGUGAAGGACUGUCUGGACGACAGCCGCCAGCCAGAUUGUCUUAAACCUUGACCUCUGUAGAAGACAGCCUACAGUUCCUUAGAGCUGACAGUGUGAGGAAAAGGUCUUCUGGGGUUUCAUCUUCUUGGGACACCCACUUCGAGGCCUGUCUCUAACAUCCCCUGUUAUAUGGAACUUGGCCUUCAGUUUGGAGAUGGCACUAGAGCUAACUCUAAACAAUGCUGCAGCUUGGUUUUUCAGAACACCAGCUUGAAGUUUCCUUAUCGCACAGGCCCCGUCUAAAUCAUUCAAAUGUAGUAUGCUGAUUCCUGGAGCAGACACCUACUGACCACUGCAGCAGGACCCACGCUCACAAGUGCUGACCAUCAGGUGCCAACCAAGCACCUGAUAUGCCAGUGGGGUUAACAGAGGCUCAAAACAAGAGUCAAUAGCAACAGCAAAAAUAUGUUGUUUGGUACUGGCAAAAAAAAAAAAUCUGUUAAUUUUUCAUGGACGCAGCCCACAUACACAUACUCUGUGAGUGUCGUGUUUGUGUGUGUCAUACAGCAUCAAAGCCCUUGGUGCUGCGUAAAAUACGCACAAAUGGAUGAAGAGACCAGCCACUUUUCAGUUAUUUUGGAGGGAAAUUUGAGCUUUUGUGUGCCGAACAGCCUCUCUGUAACAAGUCUAAAUCAUAAGGGCUAACUGACCAGCACGGUCAGAGUAAAGCGUAAGUUGUGACACUGGUAAAUUCAACCUGCCAUCGUGGCUAGUUAGAGUCAUGCUGCUUCCCACCACGGCCGAAAUCCACCCGCAUUUGGCUAGUUGGCGGGUGUCAAUGUCAAGCCCUGAAGGCAUGUAUCAUUAAUUAAUUCUAAAAAGCUGAGCAAGAUGGUUUAAAAGCAAUUUCCUUCUUCAGUUGGUGAAUGAGGCAUCUGGUGAAGAAGCUUUGUAUAAUACACAGUUAAACAAAAAGCUUUAUCCUUUAGUUAACCGCCUGUCUGAAUCAAGCUAUGAUGACUCUCUUUUCUUUAAUCUCCCAUCGGCUAACAUAUCAUAGGCUACUGUGACAAAUAUUUAGCAUGAAAUAAAAAAACAUUUUGAUGAACAAUCACAUUAAAUCAAACAAUAUCAAACUCACUGUAUCUUGAAAAGUGUGUUGAAGAACUUUUCUGUGAAAAGCUACCUGUUUUAUUCCAUAAAGUAUUCAAAAUCAUAAAUAAAUCUGGCAUAUGUGGCAAUAUCUCCAUUUUAAAAACUAACUGGUUCAUCCUUGAGUCACAAGACGUUUGCAGAAAGUUGCGCUGUAUUCUGUUGAAGCUGAAAAGUAUUUGCAAAUCACUGUGCUUGAUUUUUAUUCACACUUUACGUGGUCAAAAUGUUUUUGGACUUAGAAUUUUUAAAUGUAUGAAACACGUUGUACAAAUGCUGUGUUUUAUUUCAAGUCAUGCAGCGAUAGGGGGUUCUUUUAGCCAUGAUAAAUCUUUUUUCUUUUAGUUCUGUAUUUAUAUUUAGUUCAAAUGCAGAUUUAUAUCAGGUCUUUCAAUGUCUGACUCCCAGUCUUAGAUUUAGGCUACAUCACCAAAAAUGAAGCUGGUUUGAGUUUAUGAGCAAAAAUGUAACAU